CGGGGAAGGCGCGCGCCCAGGCGGCUGCGGCAGUUGCGCGCUGGGAUUGCGGCCGUGCGGCGGGGCCGAAUUCAGCAUACAAUUGAAAUAAAAUGUCAACCUCCUGGAGUGAUCGGUUACAGAAUGCAGCAGAUAUGCCUGCUAACAUGGAUAAGCAUGCCCUGAAAAAGUAUCGGCGAGAAGCCUAUCAUCGGGUGUUUGUGAACCGAAGUUUAGCCAUGGAAAAAAUAAAGUGUUUUGGUUUUGAUAUGGAUUAUACGCUUGCUGUGUACAAGUCCCCGGAGUAUGAGUCUCUUGGCUUUGAGCUUACUGUGGAGAGAUUAGUUUCUAUUGGCUACCCUCAGGAGCUGCUCAGCUUUGCUUAUGAUUCUACAUUCCCUACCAGGGGACUUGUCUUUGAUACACUAUAUGGAAAUCUUCUGAAAGUUGAUGCCUAUGGAAACCUCUUGGUCUGUGCACAUGGAUUUAACUUCAUAAGAGGUUCUCAGGUAGCUGCUCAGAAGAGACCAGAAACUAGAGAGCAGUAUCCAAAUAAAUUUAUCCAACGAGAUGACACUGAAAGAUUUUACAUUCUGAACACACUAUUCAACCUACCAGAGACCUACCUGUUGGCCUGCCUAGUAGAUUUUUUUACUAAUUGUCCUAGAUAUACCAGCUGUGAGACAGGAUUUAAAGACGGGGACCUCUUCAUGUCUUACCGGAGUAUGUUCCAGGAUGUGAGAGAUGCUGUUGACUGGGUUCAUUACAAGGGUUCCCUUAAGGAAAAGACAGUGGAAAAUCUUGAGAAGUAUGUAGUCAAAGAUGGAAAACUGCCUUUGCUUCUGAGUCGAAUGAAGGAAGUAGGGAAAGUGUUUCUUGCCACCAACAGUGACUAUAAAUAUACAGAUAAAAUUAUGACUUACCUGUUUGAUUUCCCACAUGGCCCCAAGCCUGGGAGCUCCCAUCGACCAUGGCAGUCCUACUUUGACCUGAUCUUGGUGGAUGCACGGAAGCCACUCUUUUUUGGAGAAGGCACAGUACUGCGUCAGGUGGAUACUAAAACUGGCAAGCUGAAAAUUGGUACCUACACAGGCCCCUUACAACAUGGCAUCGUCUACUCAGGAGGUUCAUCUGAUACAGUCUGUGAUCUGUUGGGAGCUAAGGGCAAGGACAUUUUGUAUAUCGGAGAUCACAUUUUUGGGGACAUCUUAAAAUCAAAGAAACGACAAGGGUGGCGAACUUUCUUGGUGAUUCCUGAACUUGCACAGGAGCUGCACGUCUGGACUGAUAAGAGCUCACUAUUUGAAGAGCUUCAGAGCUUGGAUAUUUUCUUGGCUGAACUCUACAAGCACCUUGACAGCAGCAGCAAUGAGCGCCCUGACAUUAGUUCCAUCCAGAGACGUAUUAAGAAAGUAACACAUGACAUGGACAUGUGCUACGGGAUGAUGGGGAGUUUGUUCCGCAGCGGCUCCCGGCAGACCCUCUUCGCAAGCCAGGUGAUGCGCUACGCUGACCUCUAUGCGGCCUCCUUCAUCAACCUGCUGUAUUACCCCUUCAGCUACCUCUUCAGAGCUGCCCACGUCUUGAUGCCUCACGAAUCAACGGUGGAACACACACAUGUAGAUAUUAAUGAGAUGGAGUCCCCUCUUGCCACCCGGAACCGCACGUCAGUUGAUUUCAAAGAUACCGAUUACAAGCGGCACCAGUUGACCCGGUCGAUUAGUGAGAUUAAACCCCCCAACCUCUUCCCACUGGCCCCCCAGGAAAUUACACACUGCCAUGAUGAAGAUGAUGAUGAAGAGGAGGAAGAGGAGGAAGAAUAAGGAGGAAAACCAAAACUGACCAUCCAUUAAACACGUUUUGGCAGGACUCACAGGAACAAAGGAUAUCCCUGUUUGGGUUCUUGUGGGUGGGGGAGUUCCAUCAGAGGUACAUCUGCGAAGUUUCUGAAGACCUUAAAAUGUUCUAAUCAUAGAUACUUCCUAGUAGUUUUGUCUGUCUGCACUCUGCAGAUGGCUCACGAUUGUAAUGGCGUCUGUAUUGGAAGAAAGCAAGGGUAAAGCUGGGCUGAACUGCAUGCAGAAGGCUCCGCUGUGGCUUGUGACACCGUUUCCUUGUCUGGUUUCGUCCUCAGUAUGUACUGGAUACACCAGGGCUAGUGACGAGUAUCCGAGUGGAACAAGGGUGAUGGGAAGAGGUGAUCUGAAAAUGAUGUUAUGUUACAACUUGUGCUCUUAUUCCAAAAUUCAUCCUGAAAUUUUCAGUGCAUCACACAGUAUUGUAUGUCAGUGGAGAAAUAUAUUGUUUCCAUUAUCAAAUGUGGUCUUCUGUUAAGGUCAAGUUUCCUUUUAUAAGCUUUGAAGUGUCCUCAGUGCCUUUGGGCAGACUGCAGGCCUCAGUGGUCUUGCACAAGUGUUUGGUUUGCUCUAGGGCUGGCCUGGAAUGCACCACAGUGAUUCUGCCUUGAGGUAAAAGUCUUCAUCUAAUCUUACAUUUUUUUGAUAGUAGAAAUGCUUGUCAUCCAAAAAACGAUCUUUUUCUCAUCUGGGAUGAAUCUGUAGAAAGAAUUCGCUGCAAGAGGACAAAGGAGCAAGCCCUGUGAAACAGUGUUCCUGAGUAAAGUCAUUAGCAAGGGCUGCCACCCAGACUUCCGGCCUGCCCUGUCCUCUAGGGUGGACUGUUUUCCACAGUCACGCAUGAGAGGAUGGGAGGCGGGCUGUGUAAGUCAGAACCUUACUGAAGCAGAGGGCACAAGCAGUGUGAAUAAAUGCACUUCAGAAUCCCAAGAGAAAUCACCUGUUUUGAACAAGAAGGGAUCGUUAUUGUGUCCUGGAGGGUGCUGGGCUGCCUCAACGGCACACUCAGAGUGGCUACAGCAGUUGGAAGAGUAGUGUAGACUGUCACUUUAACCUUUAUAUAUUCCUUCCAUUAUUCCUGGUGAAUACAGAGGGUAGAGUAGUUGCUCUAGAAUUUAAUAAAGUAUAUUUCUAAUACUGA